GGUAGACAAACGAUAAUCGACGAUCCUGAUCCUGCUGUUAAUGCUAUUGAAACUGCGAGUAUUACUACGUGUAAUCAUCUUUCCCUCUGAACUGAGUCCAAGGAAAAUGCGAAACAACAUGGCACAGGGGAAUCAGUGGGAAGAUUUGAGGAAGAGAGCAAGGCAGCUAGAGAAUGAGAUAGAUCUUAAGCUGGUUUCCUUCAGCAAACUUGGGACCAGCUUCAGUGCUAUCAGAUCCAGUGACAUAGACAGCAGCUCAGAUACUGCACCUCUUCUAAAUGCUUCCAACAGUGAACACAUGUUUCAUACAAUGGCCAUGGAGAUAGAACAAUUAUUAAAUAAGUUAUCAGACGUAAACGACAGAAUGGCAGAUUACGCCGGCAGCGUGUCAGUGGCAUCUCCCAGUGCCGCCCUACUCCACACCCUUCAGAGGCACAGAGACAUCCUCAAAGACUAUACCCACGAGUUCCACAAGACUAAGGCCAACAUCGAGGCAUGCAGGGAGCGGGAGGAGCUCAUGGGGUCCGUUCAGAGGGAGAUUGACAGCUACAAGAGCUCUUCAGGACUCAAUAGGAGAACGGAUCUCUAUCUCAAGGAGAAUGAACAUAUACGAAAUUCAGAAAGAAUUGCAGAUGAAACGAUAAGUGUCGCCAUGGCAACCAAAGAAAAUCUGAGUGGUCAGAAAUCAGCGCUGAAGAAGAUCUCUUCUAGCAUGAAUUCCAUGGCCAAUCGGUUUCCUGUAUUAAAUAGCUUGAUCCAGAGGAUAAACCUUCGAAAGAGGAGAGAUUCCCUGAUACUGGGAGGGGUCAUUGCUGUAUGUAUUGUGCUCUUACUCUGGUAUGCCUUCCGGUAGAAUCCAAACAUUGUUUUUGAAGAACUCUAUGGAACAGAUGCUUGUGAUCAGUCGUAAGAGAAGGAUGGGGAAAGCAUCGUGUGGGACUCCUCAGUUUGGAGGUUCCCUGUUUCUGUCGAGACCCUGAAUGACCUUUGACAUGUAACUGAGAAGACAAACGGAUGGAAACAUGCAUAUGAUGUUUAAUUUCAGCAGAGCAUGAGGUUCAGUGGGAGCAUUGUCACCAUUGGGGAUUUCAUCGUGCAACAGAUUCAAGCAUUCCGCUGGAGCGUAUAUCCAGUUUUAUGGCUAACGUCUAUUAUGAUUCAGAGACAAUCUGACAGCUUCAAGAUAUUGUCCCUAGGAGGAACAUUUCUCAAAAGUAAACUUCUUCCUGAUCAAAGAUUAUAGUGUUUACCCUAA